AUGACGGGCUCCGUUCACUCAAAACCUGGGUCUUUUGACAUUAAACAAGAUAUCGAGUAUGAAGAGAUUGCUCCUGUGCGAGAUGAGAUCCUCGAACGCUAUCCCCUCAUCAAGGACAAGACUCCUGAAGAGCGUGCUGCCAUUGAGAAGGCUCUAGUCCGUAAGCUUGACUGGAAGUUUCUUCCCAUGGUCACAGCUAUGCUGUUGAUGAAUUACCUCGAUCGAAUUAACGUCUCCAACGCUCGACUCGCCGGCAUGCAAGAAGAUCUUCACAUGACAGACACGAUUUGGUCUCUCGGUAUUUCCAUGUUUUACGUGGGAUAUAUCCUCUCCCAGAUUCCUGCCAACGUCAUCCUCGCCAAGGGCAGCCCUCGAGUUCUGUUGCCUAGCUGCAUGCUUGUAUGGUCUUGUGUAACCAUCUGCAUGCCUGCUGUUUCUGCAGGAUGGGGCUUCUGUCUCUGCCGUUUUCUCAUUGGUUUUACUGAAGGGCCGUUUGUACCUGCCGUGUCACUCAUGACCUCUUCUUGGUAUACGAAGCAUGAGUCGCCUCUGAGAAUGGGUAUUUGGCAUGCUGGAAAUACCAUCUCUCAGGCACUUUCGGGUCUGUUGGCUGCCGGUAUUCUGACCAACAUGGAGGGCGUUGCAAACCUUCGAGCUUGGAAAUGGUUCUUGCUUCUCGAAGGUGCUGUUAGUAUCUUGGUGGCUCUCGUGAGCUUCUGGUUCAUCCCAAACUUCCCUGACUCGACGGGCACGUACUUCAUCACCGAGGAAGAAGCAGCUAUGGCUCAAUAUCGUCAGACUGUUUCUGCAGGCGGUAUUGCCGAAGAUGAUGCUGGUGGCUACUGGGACGGUUUCUGGAUGUGUAUGAAGGAGCCAUUUGCCCAUCUCUUCGCCGCCAUUCACUUCUUCCUGAUCAUCGCGCAGUCAUACAAGGACUUCUUCCCUUCCAUUGUGGCUACCCUCGGAUUCUCUGGUACUACCACCUACCUCAUCCAGGCACCUCCUCCUAUCAUCGCUUUCCUUGUAACCCUCGGCAUCUCGUGGUCUUCUGGUCGACGACUAGAGCAUGGUUAUCACAUCAUCGUUCCAAUCCUUCUCACCCUAAUCGGCUGUGCUGUUAUGAUUACGACUCUGAACGUUGGCGCUCGAUACUUCAGCAUGAUCCUUCUCGUCGUCGGUCCCUUCGUCGGUCUGAACAUUCAAAUCUCUUGGGAAACAACUGUUGUGCCUCGUCCUCGCACGAAGCGUGCAGCACUUAUCGCCUACGCCAACUGUGUGUCAUCUGUCUCCCACUGGUUCACUCCGUACUUCUUCCUUCGAAACCAGGAGCCUUACUAUCAGACCGGUGGCGGUGCUAUCAUUGCAGGCUGUGGCCUUGUCGUCAUUUUUGUUCUGAUUACAAAGUGGUACGUGGCCAAAAAGAACAAGGCCCUGAAGGCCGCAGAGGAUGCAGCUGGUGAGCCCGAAGGAUGGAGAUAUGCAGGUUGA